UUUUUCUAUUUUAUUAGGCGUUCCUCUUUGAAAAGGCUGCCCACUCAGUCCCCCAUAACGCAGCCAUGCGUCUCAGCAUCAUCCCCAUCAUCGACGUUUUCGCCCGCCGCUCCUUCACAUCCGCCGGCCUCCGCCCCGAAACCAUCGCCGUCAACUCCGAAACCACCAUCCAUUGUUGGCUUCCAAACACCCUUUCCCUCCCCUCACCCAAAAACCCUGACCCCCGAGUCUCAAAACCCUUUCUCCUUCUCCUCCACGGCUUCGGUCCCGUGAGCACAUGGCAGUGGCGAUUUCAAGUGCGCGUCCUCUCGCGCCACUUCGAUCUGAUCGUGCCGGAUCUCGUCUUCUUCGGCGAAUCGACAACGACAUCGCCGGAGCGGUCCGAGGAGUUUCAGGCGGCAGCGAUGAUGGCACUUCUGAAGGCACUGGGGAUCUCCGGCGAACGGAUCGCGGGGGUGUUGGGGACCAGUUAUGGGGGAUUUGUAGCGUAUCAUUUGGCGAGGAUGUUGGGGGAUGGAUGGAUGGGGAAAGUAGUGAUUGCGAGCUCGGAUGUGGGGAAGAAUGAGGAGGAUGAUAGGGCUAUGGUGGAGAGAGUUGGGGGAAUUGAGAACGUAAGUGAAAUUAUGCUGCCGAGAACUACGGUGGCUCUACGGAAGCUGUUGAAACUUUCGAUUCGCCGGCCGCCGCGGUUCUUGCCGGAAUUUAUUCUCCGGGAUGUGCUCCAGAAUCUCUACACAGAUAACUUGGAGCGAAAGAUGGAGCUUAUAAAGGGAGUUACACUAGGCAACAAAGAUUUGUUUCAGCUAACGCCGCUUCAGCAGGACGUUUUGAUUGUCUGGGGAGAUCAGGACAACAUAUUUCCGGUUAACAAGGCUUUCGAGCUCAAGAAGAAACUUGGAGAGAAGGCAAAAUUGGAGAUCUUGAAGAACACCGGCCAUGUUCCUCAAAUAGAAGAUCCAGAUCUGUUCAAUAAGGUCCUUCUUGGCUUCUUAUUAGGGGCUCCCAAUUCAUCAGUGUGACUACUUGCGCAAGAUUAUUCGUAGCAUAUAAUUUAUAUUGCACUUUAUUACCUUUGAAUCAUAAAAUAUUUAUGAAAUAAAUUUAAAAAUAAUUAGAUUUAUUUUGAGAUCAAUGUUAUAUAUGAAUAAUUUGUGUUAUAUUAAUCUCAAAGUAAAUUUAAUGAUUUUUAGUCUAUCUUGUAUUAGAAAAUCUUGAUAUAAUUUUUUUUUUCAAAUUUUUAUUAGAAUGUUUUGUGUUAUUUCA